AUGGACCUCGUCAGUAAAGCAUCAAUGAUUGAGCGAACGUUGAAGAUCAAUGCAGAAGAUUUCAACCAGAAGAAGAGAAAUGCAUCGCAAGGGAACCACUAUGGAGAACAACCACCACACGUAAACAAAAGGAGAUUUAAUCACCCACCAGAGAGAAACCAUGCACCUCAGCAAUUCGACAACCAAGGUGGUGGCGGGCAACGCCCAUUAUGCCAAAAAUGUGGAAGGACGCACGGCGAAAACUGCCUCUUUGGGCAGUCAGUCUGUUUUAGAUGUGGGAAACCAGGGCACCUCCCGAAGGACUGUAGGACCCCUGCUAACAACCAAGCUGGUCAAAGUCUCCUAGAGGGACAAAGAAACACAGCACCCACUCGAGUUUACACUUUGACAUCAGGUGACGCCAAUGCAUCCAACGAAGUGGUGACAUGUACCCUCUCAAAUUCUUAUGGUAGAGCUUUAGUUCUUUUCGAUGCAAGGGCAACACAUUCAUGUGUGUCGUACUCCAUUGGUAGGGCUUAA